AUGGCGGCUUUUGACAGCAUCAUUGACGAGAUUCUCGACAAGGCGCGCAAGGUCAAGCCGCCGCUCGCCUCGCAAGUGCCAAAGCUCGUGCAUGCCGUCAUCUACGACGUCGGCAUCGCGAUCUACGAAAAACUGUUCCGGCGUGCCAACGCGUCGCGCAAGGAAGAAAUCGUCGAGGCCGUGCGCGAACGCGUGUGCAGCGACCUUUCGUCACUCGGACGAUGUGGCGAUCUCGAGCGUGAUGAGUGUCAAGUGGUUUUUAAACCCAUGCAUUUGAAGCAGUCCAAGCUCAAGGUUGGCCUCCGCACGCUUUUCUCGACGCUCAAGACCGAGCUCCGGCAACGGCGAGAGCGUUGA